AUGCCCGCGGACUAUGAGUCCACCGCACGGGCAUUGGCGCUCUCAACCUCGCCGCCAGAGCCGCUCGGAGAUUCUCCCGACGAUGAGGAGCAGCCCAUCUGGAGUCGGUCGGGCCGGCGCGACUCGUCGGCGCGCUGGUCGGGCGAGCGGGCCACCAGUUUUCGCGACCGCAUGGUCGAUCAAGUGAAACAGGUGUAUCGGGGACUGUAUGGUCGAUAUGAGCAGUUGACGCGAUGGCAGAAGGUUGGUUUCUAUGCCGCAUCGCUCGGAGCCGCGGCAUUGGGCGUUGGACUCAUGGUCUUGACGGGCAAGCUGUUCAUCUGGCUGGGCCCCGUCGCGGAAAAAUGGGAGACGUCGUGGCUCGUCGCGUUUGUGCUGUGGACCUGUAUCUUCUUCAUCUCAUUCCCUCCCCUGGUGGGCUGGUCGACAUUGGGAACAGUCGCCGGGUUUAUCUUUGGCUGGUGGAAAGGAUGGAUCGUAUACGCCACCGCGACCAUUAUCGGAUCGACCGUUUCAUUUUAUGUCUCGCGCACCGUGCUCUCGAAAUUUGUGAAUCGCCUGAUGAAACGCGACAAGAGAUUUGCAGCGCUGUCGCUGACGCUCAAGUAUGACGGGCUGAAGCUCCUCUGCAUGAUUCGCCUCUGCCCAUUGCCCUAUUCGAUCUGCAACGGGGCCGUGUCUACCUUUCCCACGGUACAGCCUUUGAAGUAUGGGCUGGCCACUGCCAUCAUCUCCCCGAAACUCUUGGUUCCUGCAUUCAUUGGAAGCCGCCUGCGCCUGCUGUCGGAGAAGGGUGAGGAGAUGAGUGCGGGCACCAAGGCCAUCAACAUCAUCAGUAUCAUUGUGACGGUCUGUGUUGGAGGGUUCACGGGUUAUUACAUCUACAACAGGACUUUGGCUCGUGCGAAAGAACUCGAGGCCAAAGAGCGCGCCGAUAUCCGGGAGUCCCUUCAGGCCGACCAUGCCGCGCAUCGGCCUCACCGCCGGUUCUCUGAUGAUGAUGAUGUGAAUGCGGCUGCCACCAUGCUCGCGCGCGAUGAGGAGGAACGCAUCGGCUUCGACGAUCUAGAAGAUGACCAUGUUGAUCUGGACCUGGAAGAUGAUAGCGACAAUAAUUCUGCGGGUCGGUGGAACAAGCAGAUGAACCGACGGUCCUACCAUGAUGAGUUUACGGAUAAUGACUCCGAUGACUUCCCAGGCGAGGGCGAUGAUGCCUAUGGGCUGCACAGCCAUGUGGGUCGCGAAGCAUGA